AUGAGCUCGAUUGUUGAGGAGUUUCGUCGUUUUAAACCCUCGUCCUUUGAUGGUAAAGGUGACCCUUUCGCAGCUGAGGAGUGGCUAAGAAGACUUGAAGGGAUCUUCGAGCACAUGAACUGUAACGACGCUCAAAAUGUUUCAUGUGCAAAGUUCAUGUUGACCAACGAUGCUGGACAUUGGUGGGAUUCUGAAACAUGUACUAAAAUUGCUGAACAACUAUGUAAUCUCACUUGGGAUCAAUUCAAGGAGUCGUUGAUAGGUAAAUAUUUUCCCCAACCAUUGAGGGAUCAAAAGGAGGUAGAAUUUCUCCAACUUGCACAAGGAAAUUUGCCACUUGGCGAGUAUGAAAGGAAAUUUGAACAGCUUUCUAGGUACGCUCCACACAUGGUAAACAUUGAGCUGACGAAGGCUAAAAGGUUGAAAAUGGGGUUGAAGCCAUAG